AUGUCCAAGUUAAUUGCGUUAUUAUUUAUUCAAUUUCUUGGUAUUGCAUUGUCUGAGUUUAGUGCGGAGAAGAAAGAACAUUUUGUUAAUGGACUCAUAGAGUACUUAAAUAAUUUGCCCAACCAUCCUUAUGUUUACGAUGAGGGUACUUUGAUAGAUGCCCAAUAUGUGAACCCAAACAAUGAUGUCAUCCACAUAGAAACAGUUCUAUAUGGUGGUAAUGAAGAAUAUCAGUAUAAAAAGAAAAGUGUGAAAUGCUCAGCAGACAUAAUAGAUCUCCCAGAGGGUGGCAUAUCUGUGGAGAGUCAGCCAGAAUGCUUCGAGUUCAUGGACCAUACUCUAGUACCUGAUACAGACACAACUACAGCUGAGGAUAUAUAUGAAACCACAGACACACCAGAAGCACAUACACCCAUUCAUUUGGACAAUGAGGAGCAGACGGAAGGGGUAACUUCAGGAGAACAAUUCAUAGCAAUACCGAGGCGUCACGUAAACUCAUCGUGCACGGGCUGCGCUGAUCACGUCAACCCCGAUGCACCUGGCGUCAGUGAACUGGCUGAAAUAGCUAUUAAGCAUCUUGACAAACAUGAUCCUGCUGUCAAACAUAUAUUAGAUACAAUACUGGAUGUCGAAAGACAAGUACAGAUAAUCAGUGGCGUCAAGUAUACGAUUUUAAUCAAUGUAAAUUUUGAUAAAUGCACACCGUCUAAUACGGAGUCAUGUUACGAGAAUAAAUCCUGCAGAGUAUCAAUACUUGAAAAGACAUGGAUCAAAUAUACGGAUGGGACAAAAUAUAGGACUGUCACUGCUAACAAUUGCACAGAUGCAUGGCUUUUUGAUGACGAAGCUGAAGCCGUAACCAACGCGAAUCGCACUCGAAAGUUGAAAGUAAAAUUGAAAGUUAAAGUUAGUGAUGCCAAAACGAAAACUACCACUACUUCAGGACCGAAUGACGUCCUUCCACCGCCCACCGAUGAGGUUAUAGAUGCGGAACACAGCUCACAGUUAGAAACACAGCAAAGUCAGGCGCCAACUCUUAGUAAAACGGACAUCGAAGAUAUUGAAAAACAAAUAAUACCACAUGACAAUAACGAAUCAUCCAAAGGACCGUCAGAAACACAACCAAAUAUAUCAAAUACGGAUGAUAUAAAAGCUUAUCACUCAAACGAUGUAUUAUCUGAAAGAGCAAUUUAUAACGAAAACCCAGUACCCACUCCGAGUCCAUCUGAAAAUCCCGAGCAAUCCUCUUUAACUGAUGAAAAGAAACAAGCAAUUGAUGAUCUAUUUAAUUUUUUUAAUUCUGCUGGAUUUAAUUUUAACACUCCCGAUGAUUCAAUGCGUGUAAAAAGAAGUUACGACAAUGAUCUACAAAUGUUGUCUGUAUUAGAAAAAAUGUACAAGAUAAAAAGCACUAUAAAAAAUGCAAAUUUAAUUUAUUCCUUAGCCCAGAGUAUGAUAGAGUAUUUAAAUGAAAUGGACAUGGAGAUCAAAAAUAGAGUUUUGCAAGAGGUUACAAUAGCGGAAGAAGAAAUCGAAAAUUAUCAACAUUUCUUUUACAUACAAGCUCUGGUUGUAAUACCAUGUAAUAAAGUGGACUGUGAAGAUGAGAGCAAAUUAAAAAAAGUUUGUAAUGGCAUAAUUGAAUCCAAAGAAGGCGGGUCUACUGAGGUUUUAACUGCUUUUUGUUAUAAUGAUCCUAAAUCAAAAUCAACUGUAAGAAAAACAGUCCAAGUACCACUUGAUGAUCCAUUAUUAAAACAUAUGACUAAACUAGCAAUAAAGCAUAUGGAAGGUAACCUUUUAACUAAAAACGCAAUAGUAGUGAACCAAAUUUUAGAUGCUACAGUACGAAGGGAAGCUGGCACAUUUACAAAAAUAUUCGUGGAAGUAAUGUUUACAAAUUGCAAUAGUUCAUUGUCAUGGAAAAGACGAGAGAACUGCACAGUGAUUGAAAGUAUGGGGUCGAGCUUUUGCGAAAUUAAUGUCUUAGAGAGACCUUGGCUUAAAGAGAAAAAAAUGACUACCUCUUGUAAUGAAAGGCCGGCCGAAGAAACAUUUUCUAAUAUUCACUUACAGCGUAAGGGAGGCGAAAAAUUAAACGAUCCUACCACCACUGAAAUGAUUCAACAAGUUCUUCAAUAUUUAGAAUUUAAUUCAAAUAGAAAUAACAAGCAAAGAAUCGUUGAAAUUAAGGGCAUUUCCACAAAAAUUUUUGGUGGUCUUAUAACACAAAUUAAUUUAACCGUUGGAUAUACGUCCUGCGACGAUAACUUCAUCAAUGAAAUUGAUAUUGGAUCCUGCAAAUUAUUGGAUGAACCUCUACGAUAUUGUCAAGCAAUGAUUUGGGAUAGACCUUGGUUAGAAGAUGGAAGGCAAUUAAAUGUGUCUUGUUAUAAUAAUGAGAAGGGUAUAUCAAGAAAUAAAAGAGAUACCCUAGUAGGCGGACAAACUGAACAGAACAAAAACGAUCCGCGAUAUAUGGUCUUGGCCAAAGAGUCUUUGGCUAAGUAUGUUCAAAGUUCAGGUCUAUCUAGUCAUCAUGAGAUAUUGUCUAUUAAAAAAGUGACCAGUCAAGUUGUCUCUGGCUCCUUAACAAGAAUUGACUUUGAAGCGAGUCCUACCAACUGUCCUCUAAACACUGAUGGCCAGGAAAGUAAUGCUAAUUGUAAAACGACUGGCGAUAUAAUUAGUUGUCGUGCCAAGAUAUGGGAACAAGCAUGGCGUAAUAAAAAAGAUAUUGAUGUAUCCUGUCAAAUCAACGAAGCUAAAUCAAGAAACAAGAGAGACACUCUUGUAGGCGGACAAACUGAACAGAACAAAAACGAUCCGCGAUAUAUGGUCUUGGCCAAAGAGUCUUUGGCUAAGUAUGUUCAAAGUUCAGGUCUAUCUAAUCAUCAUGAGGUAUUGUCUAUUAAAAAAGUGACCAGUCAAGUUGUCUCUGGCUCCUUAACAAGAAUUGACUUUGAAGCGAGUCCUACCAACUGUCCACUAAACACUGAUGGCCAGGAAAGUAAUGCUAAUUGUAAAACGACUGGCGAUAUAAUUAGUUGUCGUGCCAAGAUAUGGGAACAAGCAUGGCGUAAUAAAAAAGAUAUUGAUGUGUCCUGUCAAAUCAACGAAGCUAAAUCAAGAAAGAAGAGAGACACUCUUGUAGGCGGACAAACUGAACAGAACAAAAACGAUCCACGAUAUAUGGUCUUGGCCAAAGAGUCUUUGGCUAAGUAUGUUCAAAGUUCAGGUCUAUCUAGUCAUCAUGAGGUAUUGUCUAUUAAAAAAGUGACCAGUCAAGUUGUCUCUGGCUCCUUAACAAGAAUUGACUUUGAAGCGAGUCCUACCAACUGUCCUCUAAACACUGAUGGCCAGGAAAGUAAUGCUAAUUGUAAAACGACUGGCGAUAUAAUUAGUUGUCGUGCCAAGAUAUGGGAACAAGCAUGGCGUAAUAAAAAAGAUAUUGAUGUAUCCUGUCAAAUCAACGAAGCUAAAUCAAGAAACAAGAGAGACACUCUUGUAGGCGGACAAACUGAACAGAACAAAAACGAUCCGCGAUAUAUGGUCUUGGCCAAAGAGUCUUUGGCUAAGUAUGUUCAAAGUUCAGGUCUAUCUAAUCAUCAUGAGGUAUUGUCUAUUAAAAAAGUGACCAGUCAAGUUGUCUCUGGCUCCUUAACAAGAAUUGACUUUGAAGCGAGUCCUACCAACUGUCCACUAAACACUGAUGGCCAGGAAAGUAAUGCUAAUUGUAAAACGACUGGCGAUAUAAUUAGUUGUCGUGCCAAGAUAUGGGAACAAGCAUGGCGUAAUAAAAAAGAUAUUGAUGUGUCCUGUCAAAUCAACGAAGCUAAAUCAAGAAAGAAGAGAGACACUCUUGUAGGCGGACAAACUGAACAGAACAAAAACGAUCCACGAUAUAUGGUCUUGGCCAAAGAGUCUUUGGCUAAGUAUGUUCAAAGUUCAGGUCUAUCUAAUCAUCAUGAGGUAUUGUCUAUUAAAAAAGUGACCAGUCAAGUUGUCUCUGGCUCCUUAACAAGAAUUGACUUUGAAGCGAGUCCUACCAACUGUCCACUAAACACUGAUGGCGAGGAAAGUAAUGCUAAUUGUAAAACGACUGGCGAUAUAAUUAGUUGUCGUGCCAAGAUAUGGGAACAAGCAUGGCGUAAUAAAAAAGAUAUUGAUGUGUCCUGUCAAAUCAACGAAGCUAAAUCAAGAAAGAAGAGAGACACUCUUGUAGGCGGACAAACUGAACAGAACAAAAACGAUCCACGAUAUAUGGUCUUGGCCAAAGAGUCUUUGGCUAAGUAUGUUCAAAGUUCAGGUCUAUCUAAUCAUCAUGAGGUAUUGUCUAUUAAAAAAGUGACCAGUCAAGUUGUCUCUGGCUCCUUAACAAGAAUUGACUUUGAAGCGAGUCCUACCAACUGUCCACUAAACACUGAUGGCGAGGAAAGUAAUGCUAAUUGUAAAACGACUGGCGAUAUAAUUAGUUGUCGCGCCAAGAUAUGGGAACAAGCAUGGCGUAAUAAAAAAGAUAUUGAUGUGUCCUGUCAAAUCAACGAAGCUAAAUCAAGAAAGAAGAGAGACACUCUUGUAGGCGGACAAACUGAACAGAACAAAAACGAUCCACGAUAUAUGGCUUGGCCAAAGAGUCUUUGGCUAAUGACCAGUCAAGUUGUCUCUGGCUCCUUAACAAGAAUUGACUUUGAAGCGAGUCCUACCAACUGUCCACUAAACACUGAUGGCCAGGAAAGUAAUGCUAAUUGUAAAACGACUGGCGAUAUAAUUAGUUGUCGCGCCAAGAUAUGGGAACAAGCAUGGCGUAAUAAAAAAGAUAUUGAUGUGUCCUGUCAAAUCAACGAAGCUAAAUCAAGAAAGAAGAGAGACACUCUUGUAGGCGGACAAACUGAACAGAACAAAAACGAUCCGCGAUAUAUGGUCUUGGCCAAAGAGUCUUUGGCUAAGUAUGUUCAAAGUUCAGGUCUAUCUAAUCAUCAUGAGGUAUUGUCUAUUAAAAAAGUGACCAGUCAAGUUGUCUCUGGCUCCUUAACAAGAAUUGACUUUGAAGCGAGUCCUACCAACUGCCCACUAAAUACUGAUGGCCAGGAAAGUAAUGCUAAUUGUAAAACGACUGGGGAUAUAAUUAGUUGUCGUGCCAAGAUAUGGGAACAAGCAUGGCGUAAUAAAAAAGAUAUUGAUGUAUCUUGUCAAAUCGACAAAAAUAAAUCUAGAAGCAAAAGAAAUACUCUUGUAGGCGGACAAAAUGAACAGGACAAAGACGAUCCACAAUAUAAGGUUCUAGCCAAAGAGUCUUUAGCUAAGUAUAUUGAAAGCUCGGGUUUAUCUAAUCAGCACGAGGUAUUAUCUAUUACAAAUGUGACUAAACAAAUUGUUGCUGGUACCAUAACGAGAAUAAAUUUUGAGGCCAGUCCAACAAACUGCCCUUUCAACACUGUGUUACAGGAAACUAGUUCAAACUGUGAAACAACUGGCGACAAUAUCGCUUGUCUUGCAACAGUUUGGGAACAACUUUGGAUUAAUUUCAAACAGAUUAAUGUAACCUGCGAUAAUACAAACGAAAAGUCUAGAACCACUAGAGCUCUGGCUAAAUACCAGAUUCAAAACCCUAAGGAUGAAAAAUACCGUUUAUUGGCUCAGGAAUCUUUACAAAAAUAUCAAGCUUCAAAAAAACUGAAACAAAAACAUGAAGUUGUGUCCGUAGAUAAGGUGACAACUCAAGUAGUGUCUGGAAUCAUUUACAAAAUAGAUUAUACAGCAACAGGCAUUGCAUGUGCGCGGAAGAAGAGAUCAUGUGGUAAAACAGAAAAAGUUUUACAUUGUAGUACAAAAAUUUGGGAUCGUCCCUGGAUACAUAGCAAAAAAAUUCACGUAAAUUGUGUGGAAGAUGAUGAAAAAGGCGACAACGAUAGAAAAAAACGUAGUAUUUUUCUAGGAGCUGCUGAAGAAACGGAUGUUAAUGAUGAAAAGUACAGAAAUAUGGCUGAAGAAGCGAUGCAAAAGUAUCAAAAAGAGGCCAAAGCCGAGUAUAUUCAUAAAAUUGUUAAAAUACAUCAUGCAACCGAGCAAGUCGUAAACGGGGUCUUAACUAAAUUAGAUUACUCAAUCGUACCAACAAAUUGUGCUAUAGAUAGUGAAUUUUCUUCGUCUCAAUGUGAAAUUCAAGAUUCCGAUAAAGAAUUACAUUGUUUGGCCAAAAUAUGGAAUAGACCGUGGCUUGACUCGAAAGAAAUAUCAGUAAAUUGUUCCGCAGAUGAACCUCAAGUAUUGCAAAAAUUAAAUUCUGAGCUUUUACCUAGACUUAAAAGACAAGCUGACGAAGACUAUGUCGACGAUGACACCAAGUUCUACUACGCCGAUCGCGCAGUGCAGCACAUCAAUGCCAAUUCAAACACAAAUAACUUGCAAAAGCUCAUAACGAUACAUGCAUUUCAAAGCGGCACUGUCAUGGACGUGAAUAUGAUUCGAAUGUACAUUGAAACCGCAUACACGUACUGCCUGCGUCGGCAAGACGAGGCGGUUCUGUCCGAGUGUGCAGAAUUGACAGGACAGUUUCAUAAGCUAUGUUUUGUCCGGUUGUGGCCCUCUCCUGACGACGAGCUCGUGGUAGAGCAAAUCAAUGUCAUAUGCGACGAUGAUAAACAAUUUUCAGCCACUACGGGGAUAUCUGUUAAAGAACUUAUUAAAGCCUCUAUCGAAGAAUUGCAAGCAUCGCCGCAAAUAAAAACCAAAAUUGUAACUGUGGGCGAACCACGUGUGGUACCCCGCCUGGAUUAUAGGACACCGAUUAGGGUGAAUUUCCUGGUGGCCUUUACAAAUUGUAGCAAAGACGAUUUGGACGACUUUGACGAUUUAGACGUAUUCGCUCUCCAAACGGUGCCAUGUGUGGUCACGGGGGAAAGGUCGUUUAAGCAAUGUACGUCUAAUAUUUGGACGACGCAAAAGACUAACAGAAUUAAAAGAAUAAAGGUUAAAUGUCUACUUCCGAACGCUAUGCGGAAAAAACGAUCGCUUUCCUUAAACACGACGUCCGAUGAAAUCGCUAUAAAUGAUUUUAUCCGAGAGUCUUUAGAUAAACUCGAAAUGACGUCGCAGCAUAAGUACAAACAGAGAUUGCUUAAAAUAAACAGCUAUUCAUCCAAAAUCACAAGCGGAAAGGUGACGACAAUCGACUUCGACGUGGGCUAUACGUCGUGCUUGAAAUUCGAGUGGGUGGAUAAUGUAACAGAUUGUCAGUUCUUAGAUCAUCUACCUCGAAGGCAUUGUAUUUCAACAGUCUGGGAGCGAUUGUGGAUAGAUAAUGGCAGAGAGAUUGAGGUGCACUGCGAAGACGACGUAACGCCAAUAGAGCCUCAGGUGGAAUUUGAGAAUCCCGAGCUCGCCAAGCAGAUGGCUAAUGAAGCACUGAAGCACAUUGAAGCCAAGUAUCUGCACCCGCGCAGGCAGAAGGUAGUUCGUAUAUUCUCUUUGGAACAACAAACGAUCGCCGGCGUCCACUAUCGCAUGAAGAUCGAGAUAGGCAACACGAACUGUUUAGCGUUGAGCUUGAACGAUACGUGCGAGGUAGUGACGAAUUUAGGUCCGAAUAGAUUCUGCCGAGUGAACGUGUGGAUACGGCCCUGGACCGACCACCCUCCGAACUACAGGGUGUCCUGCGAUUAUGAGGAGGGGGCCACCGGCGAAAUAUAUCGCCAUUUGCAAGCCGAGCAACUCUUCCACGACUUUUUAACAACAUACAGGCCAGAUUACCUGAACGACCCCGACGAAAUGAUGAAAAGAUACAGAACUUUUGAGGACAAUGUGAGAAAAAUCCAUGAAAUGAACGUACACGAAAGGGGAACGGCACGAUACGCUGUGACCAGGUUUUCCGAUUUGACUUAUGAGGAGUUCAGCAGCAAGUACUUGGGGUUGAAGCCGAGUUUGCGGGAUCCAAAUCAGAUACCAUUCAGAAAGGCGGACAUCCCUAACGUUGCUUUACCGGAUAAGUUCGACUGGAGGACGUACGGCGCAGUGACUGAGGUGAAAAACCAAGGCUCUUGCGGCAGUUGUUGGGCUUUCAGCGUCACUGGUAACAUCGAGGGACAGUGGAAGAUUCAGACGGGUGACCUGGUAUCUCUUUCGGAGCAAGAGCUGGUGGACUGUGAUAAACUGGACGAAGGAUGUAAUGGCGGUCUUCCUGAUAACGCGUAUCGAGCGAUAGAACAACUCGGUGGGCUGGAAACUGAGAACGACUAUCCCUACGAGGGGGUGGACGAUAAAUGCUUGUACAACAAGACAUUAUCCAAGGUACACAUUCGCGGCGCUCUCAACAUCUCCUCCAAUGAAACGGAGAUGGCGAAAUGGCUCGUUCAAAAUGGGCCUAUAUCCAUCGGUAUAAACGCAAACGCGAUGCAGUUCUACGUGGGGGGUGUGUCCCACCCUUGGCGGAUGCUUUGUAGUCCCAACAACUUAGACCAUGGGGUUCUUAUUGUUGGAUUUGGAGUAAAAGAUUACCCCCUCUUCCAUAAGCACCUACCGUACUGGAUAAUCAAGAAUUCCUGGGGCAAAUCGUGGGGAGAGCAGGGCUACUAUCGUGUGUAUAGAGGCGACGGUACCUGCGGAGUCAACCUCAUGGCCAGUAGUUCUAUAAUAUAG